AAAAACGUAAAUCAUAAUAUCCAGCUUCAGCUGAAGUUUAGACGUUCUUGUGAACAAAAUAUGCAGUUCAACCAUUAACCUCGUUCCCAAUGCAUUUUUUUUCUUCGAUUAAUUUCGGUAACAAGGAACCUUGGGGACGAGGAUGUUCAUCGGUUUUGCCUAUCAACUAUGGUUUGAUUCUAGAAUUUAAAUUAUGUUUUCACGCGGGCAAAAUGCGUUUCAAUACAGAGUAACUCAACCGUGCAUAAAUGCCGAUGAUGAGGAUAAUUUAUGCGGAAUGCACACUUUUGAUAUAUUGCAGUAUGGCACAUCUAACGUUUUAUAAGGCGGGCUAAGAAGGUGGAGAAAUAAUGAGUUCAAAGUUAGCGAAUUUAAUUUAUUUUCUUGGCUCGACGGUAUGGUCCCUAUCCACGUUUAUCGUACUACUACCGGAUGUCAAACACUAUUUUUAUUCGAAAUGUGUCUGGAAAUUCAAUUUCAAUGUGUGCGAUAGAUUUUUGGGGAUAGAAGGAGCCUAUCGGUUCACAACAUCCAUUGUAAUGUUUUAUCUCUUUCUGGCAGUUACAACAAUAAAUUGCAAUUCCAAGAUAGCCUCACGGGUGCAUCACAGUUUUUGGUUUUUUAAGGUUGUUUUGUUUGUGUUAACCAACUUGGUCGCAUUCUCAAUCCCGUUUUCAAGAUUCCUACUGGAAAAGCUGUACGAAAUAUUUUUAUAUUACACUGGAUUCUUUAUGGUGGCCAUGUUUGUACUGGGUGUUGAUUCCGCGCAUGCGUUCAAACUAUUUUGGCUGAGAAAAGCGCGGGAAAGCAUGGAAACACCAACUUGUUAUUUAUGCACGUGGUUGUUUAUAUUACAUUUACUGACAUCAUUUUUAUUUGCUAUCUCACUGGAUGUGCUUUUGACGUUUGUGUUUUUUAAUAACAUUCAAAACUGCAUCAACACCCUAUUAUUUGCUGGCAUUAAUAUAUGUUUAUGUCUUAUUUGCUUUUGUUUAUCGUAUUUUCCAACACUACAAGAGCGGCAUUCCUCGUCACAUAUCAUAUUUGCUUCAAUGUUUACCAUAGUAACAUACGUAACAUGGUUAGCUCUGUCGGAUCCGGAAAAUGAAUUUUGUAAUAUGUAUGGGACCAUAUUUACUGGAUCAAUUUUAGAAAGCGCAAUAAGCUUUCGUUCUCUUAUUUCCAUGGCAAUUUUGUUCCCGCCAUUAUGUUUUCUAUGUUUCAAAGGAGACACACCUUCGUAUAUACGUAGUUUAAUCAGCAACGCUAACUCCACCGCAGAGUCAUUGCAUAUUUACUCUUCCUUCCAUUGGACGAUGGCUGGAGCGUCGUGCCACGUGAUUAUGUCAGUAACAAACUAUUAUGAACCUGUGUACACCGUUUUAAAACCGGUUUCUUUAACAGACAAGUCAAUGCGUACUUCUGUAAUUUAUUUUGAAGGGUACAAUAGAAACCGUUUUAUUAUGUUAUGCAUCGUCAGCAGUUUUUUACCAUUGUUGUACGGAUGUUUACUUACGAUUCGUAUUAUCCGAGAUUGCCUUACUCAAUCAAAAUUAAAAGAAAACGAGAAUGUGUCGAAAUCAAAGUUAGAUGAGACAACGCAAGAAUUUAUUCACGUUGAAGUGACUCGCGAGGAAGCCUUGGAUUUACUUAAAAAGGGAUCGAAUUUACAUGGAUUGGAGCAAACGGAGAAAUCUUUUGAAUAUUUACUCGUUCAGUGUUUUUACAUUUCAAGUAUAAAAAUCUCAUUUUGGUUGUUUCCAAGAAAUAUUAGUCAAACUUAUUUUAAUGGGAGGAAUGGUAGUAACGCUUGUACCAUUAUCUCCCUAAUAAUCGGAAGGUUCUUCUCGCGAUCGGAUAUUCCGUAUCAAAAUCGGGGAUAUUUAGAGGAUACAUGGAUGAAUUUAUUCUACGCUUCGAUCAAAGAAGGGAACAUUCUGUAUGAUAGUAUUGUAGAAGAAUUGGGCGUUCUGGAUCUGAGCAUCGAAGAAGUUAAUGAACGACUGGGUACUAAGUUAAACAUCCUUACGGUUAUGCCGUCGUUAGCCGUGUCUUUUGAAUCAGAUGUUAAGACGGCGACAAUAUUAUACCAACUUCGUCAACUCGUGUUCUUGAAACGUAAACAAGUAGUGUUGUUUAUACAUAAACGUCGUACGUCGUCCUUCUUAAUAUACGAUGACGGAAAUGUUAUAUACACAGACUCUCAUGCCUUUGGUGAAAAUGGUUCUUUAAUGAUUGCAAGUACUGAACAUAAAUUAGAUAACCUAGUUUACUUUUUGAAGGACACACUUGGUUCGAACAAUAACAAAUUGGCAACAUUGACAGCUGUUGUUUACGAAGAUAGACGACGGAUAGGGAAGUGAAACAGAAUCUCUUUCAUUGUCGAGUAUACCGUAAUUAUUUCUGGAUUAAUACUGGUGACAGAAUAAAAAACCGGACCUGAAAUAACCGGAUGUAUCUUUUAAUAAAAUUCGAUAAGAAGCAAGUUUAGUCGCUUUUACAAAUUUUUGGAACACAGUAUCAUGUCUAUAUUGUUUUAACAAGAUGUUAGAUACAUGUUGCAUUUUUUGAACACUGUCAAGGCUACUUCGAAUGCAGCAGCUUUCCCGAAAGCUUGAGUCGAAAUGUUUUGAGAGCAUCGACUUAACUACGUCUCGUCUCGUAGUCCUGGAUUUUCCAUACACCCAUUUUAUUUUUUGACGAAAUAUCAUACCUCAAUGCAAGCUUAAUGAUCAUUGGAAAGGAUAUUUGCUAUAUCUAUUAGGAAUAUAUAUCUAUUAGUUCUAUAAAUUAAAUUUCGUAAAAUGUGUUGUUGGGUAGUGAGGGGGACGGUGUAAAUAAAUUCGUUAAAAUUUAAAUAUUUCAUACCGCAAAAACACUAAUUUGAUUAGAGAAGGUAUUUUGAACUGAUUUGUCGUCUACACGUUAAUGGAG